AUGUCACAAGACUCUGAUCCAAUCCUCUCCCGUCUGCCCCUGGUAGCAAUCCCUGGGAAGUACACACAACCAAAACCUAUCACUCUGCCCUAUGAGUUCAUCAAACUACCAGAUCAGUUGAAUAAAAACAUGUUCAAUUCUAAGAAGGACCGGCUUAAGAGCUUGGUUUCUGAUUGCAACGAUUUGGAAGAAAAAUUGAAGCUUCUGACGAGAUCUUUCAACGACGAUAUUUCUGAAGAUCAUAAAGGGUAUAAUCCAGUGGCAUAUGACCAAUGGGUUAAGGAGACCAACAGCUUGGCCCCAGGGUAUUUUGAUGAUCAGCAUCAUUUGUUGCAGCCAAAAAAGCCCAAGCAGAUCCAUGAUAACACAAGUACAAUGGACAAUUUGAGUCAGCACUUUGCCACUACUACAUUGAGUCCCAAAUGA